AUGGGAUAAGCGUGUACAAGUGCUGAUGUUGCUGCCUUUACAGAGGAUUUCAGACCUCCUUAUCCAUAUAGGAAUGAAGCCCUUAAAAUUUAGUUAAAUGGAAGUGUAUGA